AUUCAUUGACGCAAAAUUCUUAAAUUUUCCCCGAUUUGUUGUUUCUGUUUUUUUGGUAUAUCUGAUUGAGUUUAGUCUAGGAUAUGAGGCUGCUAAGCGGAGUGCCACCCGAACUGCCCGUUGCCAAGUGGUACCGAGGACUGUCCCCGAUCCAAAUACAGGCUGCCAACGAUUUGGCGGAUGCGGCCCAAUUCGAUUUGGAAGUGAACGACAGUGAACGCACCCGGAACUGCCUGCUGCGCUUGGGUAUCCGUCCGAUGCCCAGACGUGGUCAACUAACUCGGAUCGUGAAGAUCAGCCGUGCCCAGAGUCUGGCUCUGCUGUUUUUCCUAUUUCAACAGCAUUACAAUAUCGACAAAUUAUGCAGAAAAUAUUCGGUGAAUGGGCAACUAUUGCUCUCGGCCAUUGCUUACUUGGACCUUCCGACCACAUUCAAGGCCCUGGACAAGAUCCUUCCGCUCCCUGAGAAAAAUUCUAUAAAAAAGGAAGUAGUAGUUACCCAAAAGUCAGUUCCUGAGCGAAGAAUCCUUGGGCCAAUUGGUGGAAAUAUGUCUCCAUACUUUCAGAAGCAACCGCGCCCGAAAAUUGAUCGCCAGGAUAAGCGUUUUGUGACAAAGCCUCCACCCUUCACGGUGGAGAUACCAAAUGAAAAUCCAGAUACUAAGGAGGAUGACAAGCGUUGGUUUUCCGACUACAAGCUGCAACCUUUCUAUCGGCACAUAAAAGCGACUAUAAAUUCAGAACUUUGCAGGCUUUUCGAUAAGUUAGACAAUGCUUCGCAGCAUUCUGUUAAAGGAUCGAACUCACAGGAACUUUGCCAGUUCCAUGAGGAGGCCAGAUCCUUGGAACGUCAAGCCUUUCUAGUUGAUCAGCGGAAGCGCUACCUGGAAAUGGUCGAUGUGGGUGCUAGAGAAAAGCGGCUUACGAGAGAUCGGAUUAUUAAGCACCUGAAUCGCGAUGUGGAUGAGUACUUGAAAAAGUUUGGGGACAAAGGCUGGAGCCCAGGAUUGCCGGCUAUAAGGAAAGUCGGAUGCCUGGCCUGCAGGGGAUUGGUCCAUAUCAGUCUGGAGUCCCCGCCAAAAGUGCUUUGCAUGUCAGGCGAACGGACCAGGCUGUAUGAAUCGAAUGGCCCCCAGUUUCGACUUUGCGGUGGUGGAGUUUCCAAAAGCCCAUCGCUGCAGCAACCCAAAGAGCCAUUGACGAGCUACUUCCGGUCUCCGAAACUCCAUGUUCCCUAUGUUUUCAAUUAUUCUCAAAUUUUUGAAAGUGAAAAAUCGAAAACUUUGGGCACUAGCGAAAUCAUUGAAAGGGAAGUGGUGAAAAGCCUGGUCAGGAGUGACGAUGAUGAACAGAUUGGCGACCAUGUCUCCCAACCGAAGAAAAAAAUGCAUAGGAGUCGCUCUAAGCUCGCCUCCAAAUCGCCUUAUAGAAGCCACAUAAACCAGUCUUCCAGCUCCAAUCAAAGCAGCCAAAUUCAUCAGGACUCGGAUCGAAGUAUCGGCAUUGACCAAGAGUCUCAUCCAGAUGGAAGAAACCACAUUAAGCAGUUUCCCAAUCCCAUUAGGAGGGAAUACAUUGACCAGGCCCUGUGCCGAUGUGUACGGAGAAUCUUUGAGAAGAGUUGGCUCGUGGCGAACACUGCUACCAAGAAGCCCGAAGAGAAUUGCCAUUCUUAUCCGGUAAACAAGGUUAUAGACCCUGAUGAUGACAAGCUCAUGGACCAGAUGUUAGGUGAUGCUUUCCAGACCCUGCGUCAGGAUAAGGAGCUAGUGCUAGCUAGUCUUCCCGACGCCCACCAGAUUCCAGAGAUGCGGGAGUGGAUUAAGCGGCGAUUUGGAAAACAAUACGGACUGCAGUCCAAGAAGGUGCAUAUCAACACCAGCAUUAAAAUGUUACAGAAUUUGGACUUGAUCGAUGAGCUUCGCAAACUAAGUGCCAUAAUAGAUCCGCUGCUUAUUCAGUACGCGCCCAUGUCAUUUGGGAUGUACCACAAGAUAACCAAGUCGGCCAAGGUGUUCAAGGAGAAGGUUCGUGAGGAUGUGCUUCAGUUAAUGCUGAACCGUACCCGAGACUGCUGGCAGGAGCUACAUGGUCUUCGAGCAAAGAACCAGAGCACUCUCCGCGAGAUAUUCUUCACUUAUAUGCCCAGCAGUCCCCGUGACGGUGGGCCUACUCUUAGUCCCUAUUUCACAGUUAACCCCCGAGAAGACCCAACGAAAAACCGAUUUUUAAAAGGAUUCAUUGAAGCUAAAGUCUAGAUUCUAGACCAAUUCAAUGGACAAUUGAGUGAAAUUCAUUCAAAUGUCCAUUGGAUUGGCCAAGAACUUAAAUCUUUCAGAUCAAAAUAGUCUUAAUUUAAAAACUAUGAU